GGGGGGAGGAGGAGAGGGGGCGCGAUUGCGAUUUGAGAAUAAGAGAGGGCGAUAUGAGGGUCAGAAGGGAGAAUCUGACGGUAAGAAAGGUGGAUGUUCAGGAAGGAGGGAGCAGGGACGAAGGAGGAGGGAGCAGGGACGAAGGAGGAGGGAGCAGGGACGAAGGAGGAGGGAGGAGGGAGGAGGGAGGAGGGAGGAGAGAGGAUGGAAGACGGAGGAAGACAGACGAGGAGGGAGGGGAGGAGGGUGGAGAAGGGACGAAGACGGACGAGGAACGCGGAGGAGGGAGGAGGAGGGAGGAGGAGGGAGGAGGAGGGAGGAAGACGAAGGUGGGAGAAGGAGGGAGGAAGACGGAGGACUACGAACAACCAGAGGAGGGAGCGGAGGAGGAGAAGGAGGACGAGGAGGAGGAGGAGGAGGAGGAGGAGGAGAAGGAGAAGGAAGGAGAAGCGUACCUGUGGACUCCGAGCGGAAUGAGAGCUUGGGAGCUUGGAGCGCGAUGAAAAUCGAAGCGUCUUUCAACCACACACCCCACCCAUACACACACCUUCUCACGGCGAACUGCAGCACUCUUUAUA